GUCCGAUCUUGGCUAUCAUUCAUGGCCACUCUGCCUCUUAUCAUCGUCAUACUCUUUUGCAUCGGCGACCUGAUCUAGAGCCAUCAUUAUCCACCUAGAUCGCUGCUUUGAUAGAUUGUCAUCAUGGCGAUGAAUCAGAUUCCCGGGCAAAACAUCUAUGUUGGAGGCAUACUGGCACUCAAGAACAAGGCAGCCUUGACUCGAGCAAACAUUACACAUGUUGUUUCCGUGUUACGCCUCCAGCCAGCUGAUGAUGUCUUCGAGUCUUUUCAACACCACUGCAUAGAGGUCGACGAUGUCGACGAUGAGAACUUACUAGAACAUUUUCCAGCUGCUGUAAAGUUUAUCCAAUCCGGUCUUGAUGCCGGCGGAGGUGUACUUGUACAUUGGUUAGUUUGUCCUCGGUUCAUCUGCUCUUUUCGGACUAUAUCCUACACCGUUUCUCCUCAUGUUUCCUUGGGAUGCCUUCUCCGGGCUCUUUACCUAGGAUCGGUACUCAACCUCCUUUCCCCAAUCCUGUGUUUGUAUAAUGUCGCUGCUGAAGCCGUGCUUUGAUAUUACGGGUUUACUAUUGUUCACCUGACCUUGUGUAGCAAGGAUGUUCUAUUGUGCUUCUAGCAUGAGAAGCUGUGCUGACAGUUGAUAGUGCGAUGGGAAAAUCCCGAUCAGCCACUGUUUGUAUCGCGUAUAUGCUCAGCCGUCAGCCUAGUGCACUGACACCAGAGUCCGCCCUUGACAUCAUCAGACAGAACCGACCGCUAUGUGAGCCGAAUCCUGGGUUCAUGGAGCAACUCUCAGUCUACCAUCAGAUGGGAUGUCCAGAUGAUGUCACUAGCCACCCACUUUACAGCCGGUGGCUUUACCGCCGCGAGGUGGAAGAGAGUGUAGCAUGUGGUCGAGCACCUGAGUUGAAGUCCGUGCUGUUUGAGGAUGAGCAGCCGCGCCAAUCACAGGAGCCCGCGGGUCGUAUGACAGAGAUCAAAUGUCGCAAAUGCCG